AUGAGGAUAUAAGUUACUAAAGGUAAAAUUGAAGAUGCUCUUCUGAUUUUUGGUAAAGAUUACUCUGAAAUCGAAGAAAUAGAAGAAUUUUUGACAAAUUGUGAAUGUUCUUCUUUUUAGUUGGAAGUUUAACAAACUCUUGAGUAGAAUCAAAUUUAGAUUUACACUGUUGAUCGCAAAAAAGAAUCUAAGAAACCGAAAAAAAAAACAUUUAAAAAUAAAGAUUUUAAUGUUUAUGAUAUUGUAACCAAAUAUAAUUAAAACUUUUCUAUAGAAGGAGAGUUGUCUGAUGACAACCAUCUAGAAGAUGGUUAAGUAAAUAGCAAUAAAUAUGGAGAAAUAAUUGAUAAGUAAAUACAAGCUAAUUUAUUUUACUUUAACAGAUAAAUGUUCAAUAUGUUCUCGAAUUUAGAUGAAAUUACACAGUUCAUUUUAAAUAAAAAAGUGCAAGGCACUAAAAAUGUAUUAGUUUUAGAAGAUAUAAAAGAUAUAUUUGUUUCAAGAUAGAUAAGAAAAGAGAUAUAAAUGACUUAAAAUGCUCCUAAAAGAAAUCUAAGUUCAGAUGAAGGAGAAUAAGGGUUGGACUUUGAAGAUUUAUUUUAAAAAAGAGAUUAAAAUAAAAGUAUUAAGGAAAAAAAAACUGGUUUUUCAACAAGUGAUGAUGAAAAUGCUCCUCAAUAUUAAGGUAAUAAAUUCUGCAGUUAAUAAAACAAAAAGAAAUCUAUUCAGGGUAGUGAUGCUGCUAUAUAAGAUUGGCUGUGCGAAAUAGGUAUAAAAUACGAUAUUGACUAUAGAUUCACAUUCAGUCCAAAAGAAACGAAUGAAUAUUUGACUAAUUGUUUACUGACAGCAAUAAAAUCAAAAUAUAAAAAAGAUAUUGGUUUGUUUGAUCAAAAGAAUAAAACUACUUCUGAAUUAGCUACAGCCGAAGGACUAACGGGAUACUACGAUUAGUAAUGGGUAUAAAUUUUAAUGUCAAUAAAUCAAAUCAGUGAAAAGAAAGCAGUGGCAGUUGCCAAAGAAUACAGAACUAUAACUUAACUUAUUAAAAUAUACAAAUAAUAAGAAAGCUUAAAAUAAAGAGAAUUAGCUUUGCAAUCUAUACAAUAUAAAGGAGAAAAAGGUAAAAGUGAAAAAAGUUUAGGAAAAGUUAUUUCUAAAAAAAUAUUUAAUAUAUUUUCUAACGACGAUCCAAAUGAUCUUAUAAAUUAAUGA